AGCUAUCCGUUUCCACUUCACGAGCGAUGAUGCGGUUCCAGAGUUUCCUGUGCUCCUGGUAGUUAAACAGAUGAGGAGUGUGCUGUCUUGGACUGUGCCUUAUGUGUCUACUGAUGGCCAAAAGUAUGGUUCCGUCAGCAAGACGCUGUGUCCUGAUGCUUCUAACCGGAAUACUAGCAUGGAGGAAACUAUCAUAGUAGUCGUCAGUACAUCAUCGGCCAUUGACGUAUCAUUCACCCUCCUUGGGAAUUUUGUCGGUGAUUUCAAUCUGCAAUCAAAUAGAAGCAUUACAUUCUCAAGCAAUCCAUCUGCGCCCCAGUAUUAUCAAUAUGAAUUUCCAGAGGGAGUAGACAUGGUGCUGGUGAAAGCCCAUUCAGAGAAUUCAACAUGUGCCUACCUUUCAGUGCAGAAUGCACAGUGUCCAAUCUUUGACGAUUUUUCCACUGUGAGGUACAACGAAGGAAUCUUUCAGACGAUGACAAAACAAGCCGCAAUCACAGUCACAAGAGACAUGUAUAAAUCAGGAUUCUUUUACGUUGUAGUGGUUGUGCAUCCAAAUGACAAUAUGUGUGACAAUAACUACAGGACACUGACUCCUCUCGAAGCUCAAUAUUCAGGUUCAUCUCCACGGACGAAGAUUGUGACCCUGAGAGUGAAGCACACACUGGAAACUCAUGAUUACUGGAAACCGAUCGUGACCACUUUUGGGGUCAUCCUGGCUAUCUACUUCCUCUCUGGAUUCAUUAUUGCUGGAAACAUAAUGAGGCAAAAGAAAGCUGAUAUGAUGGCAGGGACUGCUUCAGAAAGAGAUUAUAUCAUUCUCUCAGAUCCAGAGUCCAAUGCUCAAGACGGUCAGAUGCCCUUUGCACAAGCAGAUUCAGCAAGCAGUAACUACGGCACUGCAGGUCCAGGCCCAAUUCCAGGACUAGAAUCAUCUAACAGACUGGAUAAUGUUGUCAGGAAUGGGAAUAGUCCAACCUCAGAGAGACAAUCGAGUCCUUCAAGAAUAAAGCCAGAUUCAGCAGAAAGAAUUAUUGCCAGUAGCGAUGAUGAGACUGAUAUCGAUAUGCUUGAUGACAUUGAAUCUACCAAAGAGGUUUAUAGGACAAAGACGGAGCUUUAUGUCAGCGAUCUAUCUCGGAAGAAAGUCAACACACUGGAGAAGAAAUACAACAUGUACGCCUGGAACCUUAUAACCGUCUCUGUAUUCUAUGCUCUCCCAGUUGUUCAACUUGUCAUAACAUAUCAAGUGGUUACGAAUGUGACCGGAAACCAAGAUUCCUGCUAUUAUAAUUUUUUGUGUGCAAAGCCUUAUGGAUGGUUCAGUGCCUUCAACAAUGUGUUUAGUAAUACUGGCUAUGUGAUGCUAGGAAUAUUAUUCCUCCUUCUUGUCUGGAGGAAAGAAUAUGCUCAUAAGAAAAGAGUCCAUGCUGGAUACAAGAAUGAAUUGACUCAUGGUAUUCCUAAACACUAUGGUCUGCUUUAUGCCUUGGGCUAUGCUCUUAUCAUGGAAGGUAUUAUGAGCGGCUCCUAUCACGUCUGUCCAAACAGGGCAAACUACCAGUUUGAUACCGCCUACAUGUACAUGAUAGCUUGUCUGGGGAUGUUGAAAAUGUACCAGCAGAGGCAUCCAGAUAUCAACGCAAACUCCUACAAAUCAUUUGCUUUGUUUGCCGUUAUACUCUUUAUUGGAUUUCUAGGGCUGGUAAGUUGUUCUGAGGAGUGGUAAUAAUCGUGAUGAUGAUGGUUGUGAUGAUGGUUAUG